AAUAGAGAGAAGGACUCGUGGAGAUGCCGGCAUCUAGACAGCAGAGAGAGAGCGAGGAGCUGGGAACAAGCCAAGCCGCCAGGGGAGUAUCCGGAAAUCUGCUGGUGGGAAGUGUCACUCAGAGUCAGGAAUUACUAGAAAGCUGUGUGUAUGUUAGGUCGGAUGACUGCGCUGUCUGCUGGCUCAGAGAUGCAAACAUCAAUUCUGGAAACCCAGUUCAUAGUGGGCCCCCAGGCCAAAGUAACUGGCAGAAAGAGAGGACGGCCCCCCAUCCGGAAGCUGGAAUUCCAGAGCCACUAUGUGGAUUCUUUGUCACCCCUGAAGGUCCCUAAGAAGAGAGGAAGAAAACCGGGCUUUAAGCUGAAGCCCAGGAUGGUGAUGUCCCCGCUCGCCAACUCUCCUCCCAACAGCACACCAGAACCUGAGAUGGGUUCUAUCCCACAAGAUGCUGCUAUCGUACCCCACUCCGCCACACCACAGGUCCUAACAGCAGACACACCCUUGCCUGAUGAUUUCAUGUGUCACCCGCCUGCAGACUCCAAGCGCUACACCGUAGAUCCCACUGACUCUGCAUUCAACAUUAUGGCCUCCCAGUACCAAACCAGGCCUUCUUAUGUCUAUCGUAGCAACAGCUGCUCCACUCCGAUAGGUUUGUGCAGACAGCUUUCCAGCCCAGCGAGUUUCCAGGAUGGAAAUAGAAAUGCCCUCAGUCCUUUGCCAGACACCGGAGAGGGCAAGCGUCUGGCUGGGAAGGACCCGUCUAACUGGGGUGUGGAGGACGUAGUGUGGUUCAUCAAAGAAGCUGACCCUCAAGCUCUGGCACCCCACGCUGAGACUUUCCGGAAACAUGAAAUAGAUGGAGACGCGCUGUUGUUGCUAAAAAGUGAGAUGAUGAUGAAGUACCUGGGACUGAAGCUGGGACCGGCGCUCAAACUCUGUUACCACAUCGACAGGCUCAGACAGAGUCGCUUGUAGUUUCCUGUAAGAGAACUGAAGGCUCUGGCUGAAAAAAAACCCACACCUCAGUGUCCUGAAAACAAGGUGGAGUGGAGACUUUGGUGCUUUAUCUGUGUCUGAACCAACUACUGUUAAAAGACUGGACAUUUUUUAUGUACUUACAGGGAGUAUUUGCAACUUUGUUUACUUAAAAUUGGAGUGGCUUUAAAUUGUAAAUAGUUUUGCUGCAUGCAGACAUCAACUAAUGUGAAUUAUCUGGAGCAUUAAACUACGCAGGUAACAAUUGUGACCAGUUAUUAGCUAAAGGUCUAUAUAUGCAAUUAUUUCUUUCAAACUAUACAUGUUUGUAACAGUGAAAAACAUAUUUAAAUUCUCACUUUUAAAAAACGAUCUAAUAGUGAGAAGCUGCUGGGAUGUUAUCUGGGUUCUGCUGUUAGAAAAAUAAAUAGUGGGGGAACAUUUUAACACAGAGACUGCUUUAUAACACAAUAGCUUAGCUGUGUUUUUUUUCCAACAAAAGCUUCCUUUAAAAGGUUACUUUUGAAAAUAUUUCACUCAUUAAACUUGGUGCUACCACAGUAACAUACAGUGUUUUCUUAAUAUCUGGUUUUGCCUUUUACAAAGGAGGCCAUUCUGUUUCCGCAAUACCUCAUUUUCGUGCCAUUCUGAUCAUAAAUGCCUCAACUAAAGGAGCAAUUGAUCAUUACAUUAUAAAAGAAAAAUUGGUAUGUAGCAUUAAGAAUUUUCUAAUGCAAUGCUGUAUGACAAACCUGAUAAAGUUCAUAAUGUAAUAUCAUCAACUUUUUUAUUUUUUUUUUUUUUUGGAACUUAUGACAAAGUUUUGAUUAAACCUCUUUUUUAAAGCUUUUAUACCAAACUGGUUAUUUGUAUUUAUA